AUGAUCAAGUCAAUCGCUGUUCCCGCUCCCCCCUUUGAUCUUACCCUAUCCCACUGGGACAGAAUCUUCCCACCUACUCAUUCCAAAAGAAUCCUCUGCUUCGCUCUACCAGAUAAUGCCGACAAAGAGCAAAUCAUUGACCAGCUACAUAUUGCAUUACACUAUACCGUCCAACAAAUCCCUUUCCUUGCCGGUUCCCUGGUGCCACGCGUCGAAGAUGAAGGUAAACGCCCCUGGCUUCGAACAAUCUCCUCCGCUGGAGCCGCCUAUUUGGACGUUGUAGAACUGUCCGAUCAACUUUCUUUCUCAUUUUUUGCCGAGUCCAACUUUGACCAGCAAUUGUUCGACGCCGAUCAGCUCUGCUCUCUACCUCAAGUCGCAUACGUCCAAGAGGAACCUGUCAAUGUGUGCCGAUUCCAGGCCACCUUUAUCGAAGGCGGACUUUUGCUCGCCAUCCAGAUCCUGCACACCGUCGUCGAUGGGCGAGGCGUGACAGACUGCAUCAGGAUCUUUGCCGACAACUUUCGCAGAGCGCAGUCCGGGGCAAUUGGCCAUCCCCUGGAAACGGCGACGAGCGUCUACUCGUUGGAUCGCAGUGCUCUAUUGUCCGCUGAUGGGGCCGUUGGAGACGAGGAGAAGCAUCCCGCCUUUACAACUUCGCCGUUAGUGAGCGGCAAGUUUAUCGGUGUCGAAAACGGCUGCCACACAUUCCACAUGAGCGCCAAAGCUCUCGAAGCUCUCAAGAAAGCUGCCACUCCCCAGCCGGGAGCCGAGGACGCAACAUGGAUCUCAACCGGCGACGCAAUUGCUGCUCUCAUCUGGCGCAGUGUCAUGCUCGCCCGACUCCGGGCCGGACUCUUACCCGCCGAUGCCACCGUCGUCAUGACGCAGCCUUUGGAUGUUCGCGCGAUGCUGGGCCUUCCCGAGCCGUAUUUCGGGAAUGCAUUCUACAUCACAAGACCUUCUCUGCCGCUCUCCGCUCUGGCAGAUCCUGAAGACGGACUCCGAACUGCUGCCAAAGCCUUGCGGACGGACAUCAAGUCGAUGACCGGUGACAAGUUCAGGGACUUUCUCGGACUCGCCGAGCGUUCAGCAUUGGCUGAGCCGAUCCGUCUGAGCACCAUGGGAGACGCAGCCACCACGGCAAUCACAUACUCGAGCCACUUUGCCUUCAACGUGCACGAGCUAGAUUUUGGCCCUGCGUUUGGUGACGGACGUGUCAAGGCUUUUCGCCACCCUGCAAGAGGCACGAUGCCUGGGGCUGUCAUUGUGAUGCCCAAGUUGCAGGACGGUGGGUUGAUCCAGCUGAACCGCCCAAGUGCCAAGAAUGCCAUAUCCGUACAACUAUUGCAGGAAUUGGCCGCACAGAUCGAAGGCAUUCACAGCGAGGACAGAACCUCGCCACAUCAGACAAGAGCCCUGGUUCUCGCCAGCGCACUCAACGACGUCUUCUGCGCGGGAGCUGACCUCCGUGAAAGGAGAAAUAUGACCACGGCAGAAACACAAGUCUUUCUCGCCUCGCUGAGAAACACAUUCUUCAGGUUAUCGUCGCUUUCCAUCCCUUCGAUAGCCUGUGUCUCAGGCCUUGCACUUGGCGGAGGCCUCGAGCUCGCACUAUGCUGCAACUUUCGCGUCUUUUCCUCACUCGCCGUAGUCGGUCUACCGGAGACCAGGCUUGCCAUCAUACCGGGAGCGGGCGGGACAUAUCGCCUGCCAAAGCUCAUCGGCCAAAUGCAUGCCAUGGACCUCAUAUUGACCGGUCGACGCGUACCUGCAGCGGAAGCAGCCGAAAUGGGCAUGUGCAACCGUCUUGUUACCGUGGAGGAGACGUCAAGUCUUGAAGACGCAAGGAAUAUGACGCUGGAGGCAGGCAUCCUACUUGCGCGAGAGAUUACGUAUGGAGGUCCAGUGGCUGUGCGUGCGGCCUUGACGGCGCUGGCAGGCAUGAGCGAAGAAGCUGAGAACGCUGCGUAUGAGACGGUGCUUGAGACACAGGAUCGGCUCGAGGCGUUGCGGGCUUUUGGAAACGGUCAUGAACCCGUGUUUGUUGGGAACUGA